AUGCGAAAUGCCCGCAAGCUGUCAUGUCAUUUUAUCAUGUCAUCGUUCACCGGUGUAUCUGUGGUCACCGACGGAAAGCACUGCACCAUGUCGGAUGUCGUCAGCACUACGGACUGUGGGUACCACUUGCUCAUGGUCAAAGAAUACUCGCGCACCGUACAAGAGAUACCCAUUGGAGAGAAAAUCAGCUCUGGGCCUUUCAUGGUAGGAGGCCAUAAAUGGCACAUUGACUACUUUCCUAACAGUGAGAGUCCGAGUUGUGCCGACUCCAUUUCUCUCUUUCUUCGUCGUGGCGAUGACAUUAUGGAAGAGGCUGUGAGUGCGAAGUAUCAGUUUAGCUUCGUCGACGAGGUUGAGUAUCAAAAGCCGAUGCACAUCCGCGAAACUGAAACAUACAUUUUCUCUAGCGAAACUCCUUCCAGGGGCUGCUGUGUGUUUGCAAGAAGAGAUGCCCUUGAACAAUCAGCUAAUCUGAAGGAUGAUUGUUUCACCAUCCGGUGUGACAUCAUGAUUUGCAAGGACACUACACAGUAUGCUGGUGGGACCAUGUCUGACAUAAGCCACCAUUUUAACAAUCUCCUUCAGAGUAAUGUGGGUGCUGAUGUGACAUUUGAGGUCAGCGGUGAGACGUUCGUUGCACACCGAUGUGUUCUUGCAGCCCGAUCUACAGUUUUCAUGGCACAACUCUUUGGCCCCAUGGCAGAGGGUACUACAUCCAGUGCCAUACAGAUCAAAGACAUGGAAGCAAGAGUGUUUGCAGGUUUGCUUAGCUUCAUCUACACAGAUACACUCUCUAUGAUGUUUAAGCAUAUCAUCAUGGAAGAGGAAGAAACACAGGAUGAGGAGGAACCAGUAGAGGAUAAGAUGUCAGAAGUUGAGGAAGAAGGACAAGAAGAGGAUGCACUUUUGCUCAGGUGUGUGCAAUUGCUGCAACGCUUGUUUGUAGCCGCAGAUAGAUAUGAUAUCCAACGGCUCAAGUUCUUAUGUGAAGACAAGUUGUCCAACAACAUAGAUGUGAGCUGGGUGUUGUCCACUCUUGCUCUAGCAGAGCAGCACCACUGCCCCAGAUUGAAAGAGGCAUGUUUGAAGUUUAUCCAAGUCCAAUCUCCCAAGUGUUUGGAUAAAAUUAUGGCGAGUGAUGACUGGGAGCAUAUAACUACGACCUAUCCCUCUGUUUUGAAGGAGCUCAUUUCCAAGCUUGCAUCCAAUCAGAAGGAGAAGAAGAGGAAGCACGAGAGUAUAUAAUGCGAGACCUGAAGCAACACUAUUAUGCAUAGAUGUGAUGGGAUCCUCUAAUGGUAGUCUGCUCACCUUGCUUUUGUUUCAUAAUAAUGUCAUUUGCCUAUUUGCUGAACCAGAAGGGUCCAACAUAUGGGAAAAUAUGGAAUUGGAUGGCCUGUAGUUUUAGGUGCAAGCGUUGACAUUGACCUGUGCAAGUUCCCUAGCUAGUUGUUUCUCUGUUGUUGCUUUGUGCCUUCCCUGCCAUGUAAAAAAAACCUUUUCUAGUGGUUAUCAAGA